CGGAUUUCUCCUGGCAGUGUCCGCACUACCUCUCAUUUGCAACAGAGAGACCGGAGCUCGCUACUGCCAACUGCCUGGAAAGCGCAGAAAGAGCGCUGGCUCUGUUGGCGACUUGGGACCCUGGCAACAGCUGGGAGUGGAAUCGGUUGGGAGUCGUGGGGAGCCCUCUCCAGGAACCGCGAGGAGUCCUGUGCGCACACAGCACAGCCCCUGGUGCGCUGGGGAAGAGAGCGGCUCAGAGCAACAGGUGUGGCGGGAAGCCACCCCCGGAGCGAGGGAAUCGGUCGCAGGGAUCCGGAGCAGGUAAAGCGCGGAGAGGGCUCUCUCCACCUCCUGGGCUGCACCGCGGGUCCUCCCUCCCCUGCUCAGAGUCCGUGCAGCGGGCUGAGGCUUCCGGGGAGGGGUUCCCUGAGCUCUCGGGACCGCCGCCUAUGCCCGGGAAGGUCCAGCACUCAGACAGACCCGCCCAAAGACAGCGCCGCCAGGCACAGCCGCCCCGGCGCGUGGCCGCCAGGGUUGCCCAGGCUGGGAAACGGGCACUCUGAGCUCGGGGCUGGGUCCCAGGAGGGAGCCCCCUCUGCACCUCUGUCUCUGGCAGGCAGCCCUCACCAGCGCGCCCGGGCGCCCCCGCAGGUCAUGGAGUUGGUGGCCGGGAACCUCAGCGAGGGGAACGCGAGCGGCCCCCCGCCCCCUGCCCCGGACCCGCCGCCGCUCUUCGGCGUUGGCGUGGAGAACUUCAUCACGCUGGUGGUGUUCGGCCUGAUCUUCACGCUGGGCGUGCUGGGCAACAGCCUGGUGAUCACAGUGAUGGCGCGCAGCAAGCCCGGCAAGCCGCGCAGCACCACCAACCUGUUCAUUCUCAACCUGAGCAUCGCCGACCUGGCCUACCUGCUCUUCUGCAUCCCCUUCCAGGCCACGGUCUACGCGCUGCCCACCUGGGUGCUGGGCGCCUUCAUCUGCAAGUUCACCCACUACUUCUUCACUGUCUCCAUGCUGGUCAGCAUCUUCACUCUGGUGGCGAUGUCGGUGGACCGGUAUGUGGCCAUUGUGCACUCCAGGCGCUCCUCCUCCCUGAGGGUGUCCCGCAAUGCGCUGCUGGGCAUGGGCUUCAUCUGGGCGCUGUCCAUUGCCAUGGCCUCGCCGGUGGCCUACCACCAGGGCCUCUUCCACCGGGAGUCUGACAACGGCAACCUGACCUUCUGCUGGGAUCAAUGGCCCGACCAGCGCCAUAAGAAGGCUUACGUGGUGUGCACCUUCGUCUUUGGCUACCUGCUGCCACUGCUGCUCAUCUGCUUCUGCUAUGCCAAGGUCCUUAAUCAUUUGCAUAAAAACUUGAAGAACAUGUCGAAGAAGUCAGAGGCAUCUAAGAAAAAGACAGCACAGACAGUCUUGGUGGUGGUUGUGGUCUUCGGGAUCUCCUGGCUGCCGCACCACGUCAUCCACCUGUGGGUCGAGUUUGGGGUCUUCCCGCUGACGCCCGCCUCCUUCCUCUUCCGCAUCGCGGCGCACUGCCUGGCCUACAGCAACUCCUCCAUGAACCCCAUCAUCUACGCCUUCCUCUCCGAGAACUUCAGGAAGGCCUACAAGCAGGUGUUCAAGUGCCGGGUGCGCAGCGAGUCCUCCCUCAGCGACACCAAAGAAAACAGAAGUCGAUUGGACACCCCACCAUCCACCAACUGCACGCACGUGUGAAGAAAGAUGCGGAGAAAAUCCUUAGAGAAGAUGGGACUGUGAGCCUCAUGCUUGCUGGCCAGGGAGAGAAGUGGUGUGUAUGCGUACGUGAGUAUUUUAAAGAACAAUGUAAGUCCUGUGCGUGGAAAUCUUUUUGCACUUUAUUCAAGUAUAGCGGCAGAAACGUUGUAUCCCGACGAUGAUACCUCAUGUGUUUGUGGAGCUUGACGUUGCAAAUACCAGACCCGCUUCCGUGCACACAGCGCUGCUGGCGGCCUCGGGACGGCGUGGACGGCAGCAGCUUCCUGUGCCCUGGCUGUCUGUCCCCUUGUUUCCUCUUCUGAUUCCCACGCACCCAUGGAAGUAUUUUAAAAAAUGCUUCUGUUUCUAAGACACAGUGAACAUGCUUCAGCACAAUGCACUGACCCACGCCAUGCCUUCUUCAGUCCCUCCCAUUGGUGUCACGAAAGCGAAAGGCUCAGCACCGGAGUCAUAACCGGCCUGCGAACCCCCAGUUUGCUGAGUGAUAAUGCAAGUCACUUCGUUUUGUAGUUAGGAUAUCCUUCCUGCCCGCCGCCGUUUUAGACCAUGCAUCUCAUUCAGCGUUUAGGUUGUUUACUUGAUCCUGAUGAAAACUUACGUCCUGCAAAGAUCUAAACCUACGCUUUCCAGAGAACUUGUCACAGACUCCUCUUCCCAAGGAGCAUCCGAGGCGUGCGUGCCUUUCCUGGGCAGCUGCCUUCCUAAUGCCCAAGGCGGUGACCAUGGCCGUUCAGAAGCACCCUGUUUUCCUCAGAAAGGACAGAAGGCACCCAACACGCUUUUCCUUCCAGCCGCCAGGCUCAGGGAGAAACUGCGUGUGCCUCUGACGUCCGCUGCUUGAAAACCUGGCUUUUCAGUGAACUUCAAAUAAAACCGAUGGUUCCUCCUUAGAUUUGGCUGCCUCGGUGCCCAGGCAGCGGUUACUUUUCAGGGCAUGUUGCUUCCACGCAGGGAGACAGGCUCUGGGAUAUUCAAGCACUUGCUGUUUCAUGACUAAGCCCCAGUUUCCGUUUGCCACCGAUGAAUACAGGGACAAGGCCGGGAAGGCUCUCUGGUCCUGUGCUCCCAGAAGGCACCUUAAAGAGAUCCUCUCUCUCCUAUUCUGACCUUGCAUGUGCUCAGCAAUGUGGGUGGAGGCCGUUUCCGGCACAUUUUAGGUAAAUAUGUUUGCGGUUAACAAAAUUGUACUGCACAUGUUAGGAGUAAAGCACCAUUUUCCUCGUCUACUUCCCAACUCUGUGCUUCGGUGGCAACUUGCUUCUACCUGGACCUCCUCACUCGAUGCUCACCACAGGAAAAUUCCUGUUCGGCCUCAGCUGGGAUGAGUUACAGCUGAGAGGAGGGCUGACAGCUGACCUGCAUGAGUCACGCAGGCGAAGGCUUCGUGUGACUCAGCUUUACACUGUGAUCUCACGGAUGAUUGCAUUUGCCUGGCUUCUUGGAUGCUUUGAGACAAGGCAGUGAUAAUUCUGAUGGGUUAAUUGAACCCCCAAGGCCAGGCUUCUUCUGAGCAGGACAAGACAAUUUAUCUAAGCAUCCGUUUCCUUCCCUCAAGUUCUGAAACGCUGGUGUUGUGGCAGCUUACGCCCAGAAAGUAACGUAUUGUUAGCUUCAUCACGCUCUUGCUUGAAGGGAUUUAUUAAAUGCACAUACAUAAACCACAGUCAUGCAAAUUGGGUAAAUACAUCAAUGUCUACUUCCUCUGGAAACAUCUAAAUUUUGUAAAUUUUGCUCUAUGCUGGUUGAGAAUAUCCCCCAGGCUUUACAUUUGUGAGUAGCUUAUAUUUCUCUUGGCCAUUAAAAAAGUGUUGGGUGUUAGGUUAUUUGUCAAGUAGAUGUUAGUGACUUUGUUUAAUGACUUGUUUGUUUUAACAACAAGUGAUUUCUGGGGAAUGAGGUGUGGGUGGAGGUGGAAGAAGUCAUAGAGGGAAUAAAUGGUGAUGGAAACUGUGCAUGUUGUAAAAAGGGGACGGACAUCAGGACAUUUCCCAAUUCUGUUGGGAAGUUGCUUAUGGAAACACUGCCUUGAGUAUUCUUACAUGUAAAAGAGGGAUUCAGAGAGGGUGCAUGAGCCUCAACACCGACAGCACCUGUGAAUGAACUGGGGAGUAAGAGGAGGCACAGGUGCUCUGCCCUCACCUGAGAGCAUGGUUCUCACACUUGCUAAGCAGGGCAUCACCCGAGGAGCCAGUUACAGCACAGAUUGCCGGGCCUCACUUUCACAGGUUCUGACUCAGGAAGUUUGAUGUGCCCUCCUACCCAUCUGCAUUUUUAACAAGCUCUUUGCUGAUGCAGAUGCUGCUGGUCAGGGGACCACAGGUUGAGAAUUGCUACCUGAUUUACUUGGUUUGGAGUUGGAGCUCAGGCAUGUUUUUAAAAGGUCUCCAGGUGCACAACCUGAGUUCACAACCACUCAUGUAGAGAUGGCCCUUUACAACUCCAAACCACUAUGAUUUGGUGAAAAAAAUUGGCUGAUGGAGAGCCCAAUCAUUCAAAUUUUUAUGGUUUACAUUGAUCAGAUUUAUAAAAUAUCUGUUCAGCUCUUAUAAUACCCAGCUACAUAAAUUUAAGAGUUUUCAAAGAGUGUGAAGAAGUUUGAUAAUUUACAUUUAAGGAUUUCAGUGAUAAUCAUAAUUUUUUCCUUAAAAAUAUAGCUUGGUGGACAAGAGCACCUAUACAUUCACUUCAUUCCUACCAAAAUGUAGAAAGGUAAAGAGAGUAUUCAAAACUGUUACAUGUCAAUUUUUGAACUCAAUGUUUAAAUAAAUGCGUGCAUAUCUUUCUGUGUGGCUGCUAAUUUUUAACUGCAUUAUUAUCUCUAAGAGAUAAAUGUAACUUAAUUUGUGUUUAUAGGUUUUCAAUUAAAGAUCUUCUGAUAAUGUAGUAGUAUAGAUAGGAAGAAAAUCUAUGUAUUUUAUGUUUUCAUUUUUUUCAAGUGAUUGCUUAAAUACUGCUGUAUAAAUAACACUGAGCAUGAAUCUUUUUACUCUAGAUGCUGUUACAACCAUUCUCUCAGAUUUAUCUCUCUAAAAUUUGUCUCAUUAUCUAUAAAUUUGGCAUGGAUGUCAUGUAUAAACUUAGUGUCAAUACAAGUAAACUUGCAAAGCCAAAAGCCAAAAGUUAAGAAGUUAUAUAAAUCCAUGUAGUAACAAUUGCAGUCCUUCUAAAUCACCCUACCUCUGAGUGCUGCAUGAAAUCUAGCUGGAAUUUGUGAC